AUGCAACGUAUUUUAAAGGCUUUCCCCGAAUACACCUAUUUACUGAAUGUGCCCGACUUGUGGCGUGCAGGCAAUGGUCUGCAUCAUCAUCUUGACGAUUGUCGCCGAGUUUUUGGCUCUGACCGCUUAUUUAGGCGUCGCUCUUUGUUUUCCACAGUUCUUCUGGAUGGCCGUGUGAACAUCAGCGAAAAAACCAGAAGGCUGCAAAAGCAGCUGCUUAACGUCCUACUGUGGCAGAUCUUUGUGCCAUUUGCGACUCUGGCCGGUCCCUGGGGUUAUGGCGCUGUGGUCGUGUAUUGGCAACUGACAGCAUCACCUACCACGAGUCACUGCAUAUUCUACAUCGAUGGCCUUCAUGGCAUGCUCUCUUCGCUAGAAAUCAUACUUCUGACUCGGCCGUACCGUCAGUACAUCUAUCGUGUGUUAACCUGUGCUAGAUUUAGAAAACCGUCUCAAACG